UUAGAGAGACAAAAUCUUCUGAAAGAAACACAAAAAAGGAUAAAAAUUCUUUCAGAUGAAAGCAAUGAGAUUCUCUUGGAAGAACAUAUGUCUUCCUAUAAGCUGCAUGAACGAUACAAAUCUCAAGAAGACUACAACAAACCCAUCUAAGGAAAAACUUCUUCUGCUCACCAGACAAACCUCUGUCCCAAGCAGAGUAUACCUGUCUGAUUUCAGCAACUCAACCAUCUCACUCAACGACUUCUCAAACUCUUUCCUCACAGACAUUCACAUCUUCACCUUAGAAGAGCUCAAAACGAUCACACAAGGCUUCUCAAAGCAUAACUACCUCGGUGAAGGAGGAUUCGGAGAAGUCUACAAAGGGUUUGUUGAUGAUAGCCUCAAGACUGGUUUGAAAGCUCAGCCUGUUGCUGUCAAGGCUUUGAAACAAGACGGUGGACAAGGCCAUAGAGAGUGGCUGGCUGAAGUUAUAAUACUUGGUCAGUUGAAGCAUCCACAUCUUGUGAACUUGAUCGGAUACUGCUGUGAGGAUGAUCACAGGCUACUAGUUUAUGAAUACAUGGAACGAGGCAAUCUUGAAGACCAUCUGUUUCAAAAGUAUGGUGGAGCCUUGCCUUGGUUAACAAGAGUAAAGAUUCUGCUGGGUGCUGCGAAGGGACUUGACUUCCUUCACAAAGGAAAGAAACCUGUUAUUUACAGAGAUUUCAAGCCUUCCAACAUCCUCUUGAGCUCGGAUUACAGCUCUAAGCUUUCAGAUUUUGGCUUAGCCACAGAUGGAUCAGAGGCAGAAGACUCAAACUUCACCAAAAAUGUAAUGGGCACAGAAGGCUAUGCCGCUCCGGAAUACAUCUCAACAGGCAACUUGACAACCAUGAGCGAUGUGUUCAGUUUCGGUGUGGUGCUUCUAGAGAUGCUAACAGCUAGAAAGGCAGUGGAGAAGUACCGGUCAUCACAGAGAGGGAGGAACCUAGUGGAAUGGGCAAGACCUAUGUUAAAAGAUCCCAACAAGCUUGAACGAAUCAUAGACCCUAGCUUGGAAGGGAGAUACUCGCUAGAAGGCAUCAGAAAAGCCGCUUCUCUGGCUUACCAGUGCCUGAGCCACAACCCUAAGUCACGACCCACUAUGGCCACCGUGGUCAAGACCCUGGGGCCCAUUCUAGACCUCAAAGACAUCCAAAACGGGCCGUUUGUGUAUAUUGUCCCAGUAGCAGGUGCAAAUGACAUCACAUGUAAGGAUGAUGAUGCCAAAGUCACAAAGGAGGAAACAGAGAAGGAGGCAAAAGUCUGUCCAAGACACCGAGCAGGUCGGAGGAGGAGACGUAAACACAGGGCAAUGAAGUCUAGAGCCGUCUAUUCAGACACUACUCUGUACAAGAGUCUAGGAACUAGUUUAUACACACAAGCUGAGUAACUAGACACACACAAAAAAUAUUUAUUUAAUUUUUAUACAGGUAUAGAAACUAUAGUAUAUAUAUACAGGAGAAUACAAAAAAUAAAGGUUGUGUUAGAUAAGUGAAAAUACUAUAGGAAGCUUAAAAAGUGAGCUACAUAGAUAUUUUCAGCAGUCAAUUUUUUUGAUUUUUGUAAAUUAGAGAUGUGUAAGUCUGAAUUGUAUGCAAUGUUCAAAAGGGACAGUACUACUUUGGAAUUUUAUUUUCACCA